AACUUUGAUUUUCUCGAUUCCUAGAUAUUUUAUACGAGAUGCUACUCCUCUUAAAAUAAGAUAGGAAUUCACAAAAAACCCGAGCCCUGAGAAAAAGAAAAAGAAAAAGAUUCGAGUGUGCGCGUUUGCCUCCUCCACAACCCUUGCAAGUUCUAGCUGAAACUUGAAACGGAAGUUGCAUAAUACUCGAGAGUCGAAACAGACACCCGCCAAAGCAUGACAGCAACAAAAGGUUUUAAAUGGCAUAUAAAAUUUCUUACUUCAACUUCCCGAAACUCCUCUUUUCUCAUCCCUCAUCCAAAACACAUCUCUUUAAAGCUAUCUCGGUUUCAACUCUAACAACAAGGCAACCAACACCCAGAAAGAAAAAAACAUUUUCCCACAUUUUCCAAGAAUGUUCAAAUCAAACAUCGUUAAAUCCAGGCAAACAAGCCCAUUGUCAAAUGAUAGUAUCUGGGUUUGUCCCAACUGUCUUUGUUGCCAAUUGUUUGAUCCAGUUGUACGUAAAAUGUGGAGAUUUGGGGUAUGCUAAUAAAGUGUUUGAUAAGAUGCCUCAACGAGAUGUCGUGUCGUGGAAUGCAAUGGUUUUCGGGAAUGCUAGUAAUGGGAUGAUGGGAAUUGCAAAGAGAUAUUUUGAUGAUAUGCCUGAAAAGGAUGUUAUUUCGUGGAAUUCAUUGAUUUCCGGGUACCUGAAGAAUGGUGAAUGUUUGAAGUCCAUUUUGGUUUUCGUGGAAAUGGGGAGGGUAGGAGUUGGGUUUGAUUGGACAACCUUUGCUGUUGUUUUAAAAUCUUGUGCUGUUUUGGAAGACGCUGAUGCGGGGAUACAAGUUCAUGGUGUCGCGGUUAAGAUUGCUUUUGAUAAAGAUGUGGUUACAGGGAGUGCUUUAGUGGAUAUGUAUGGAAAAUGUAGGAGGUUAGAUGAUUCAAUUAAGUUCUUUUAUCAAAUGCCCGAGAAGAAUUGGGUUUCUUGGAGUGCUGCGAUUGCAGGUUGUGUUCAAAAUGAUAAGUUCAUUAAGGGUGUUGAAUUUUUCAAAGAAAUGCAAAGGGAAAGUAUUGGGGUUAGUCAGUCAACUUAUGCUAGUGUUUUCAGGUUGUGUGCCGGGUUCUCUGCAUUUAGGUUAGGUAGGCAGUUGCAUGGUCAUGCCUUGAAGACGAAUUUCGCAUCGGAUUUAAUUGUAGGAACAGCAAUAUUAGAUAUGUACGCAAAAUGCGGUAGCAUGACUGAAGCUCAAAAGAUAUUUAACUUGUUUCCAAUUCACAAUUUGCAGUCUUUUAAUGCCAUAAUAAUUGGCUAUGCCCAAAGUGAUGAUCAGGCCAUUCGAGCUUUGCAUUUAUUUCAACAUCUGCUCGAAUCUGAUCUUGGUUUUGAUGAAAUAAGUUUAUCUGGAGCAUUUAGUGCUUGUGCAGUUAUUAAAGGGUAUUUGGAGGGCGUUCAAGUACAUGCCUUAGCAGUCAAAACUACUUGUGAGUCAAAUAUUUGUGUGGCCAAUACUAUUCUCGACAUGUAUGGUAAAUCUGGAGCUUUAGCCGAAGCAUGUCGCAUUUUCUAUGAAAUGGAGAGAAGGGAUGCUAUUUCUUGGAAUGCAAUUAUUGCAGCACAUGAACAGAACGGAAAUGAAGAGGCAACACUCUCUCAUUUUGUUUCCAUGCUGCAUUCUGGGAUGGAGCCUGAUGAGUUCACUUACGGCAGUGUCUUAAAAGCUUGUGCUGGUCAAAAAGCCUUGAAUUAUGGCAUGGAGGUACACAAUAGAAUAAUUAAAUCUGGAAUAGGGUUUCAUUCAUUUGUUGCAAGUGCUCUUGUUGAUAUGUACUGCAAAUGUGGGAUGAUAGAAGAGGCAGAAAAGAUCCAUGACAGAAUAGAGCAGCAAACCAUGGUCUGUUGGAAUGCAAUAAUUUCGGGAUUUUCUCUGCAGAAAGAAAGUGAAGAGGCUCAGAAUUUUUUUUCCCGGAUGUUGGGAAUGGGGGUAAACCCAGAUCACUUCACUUAUGCAACAGUUCUUGAUACUUGUGCUAAUUUGGCUACUGUUGGACUUGGUGAGCAAAUUCAUGCUCAAAUUAUCAAGCUUGAACUGCAAUCGGAUGCAUACAUAUGCAGCACUCUUGUGGAUAUGUAUUCAAAAUGUGGAAACAUGCAUGAUUCCAAGCUUAUAUUUGAGAAAGCAACUAAUCGGGAUUUUGUAACAUGGAAUGCCAUGAUUUGUGGGUAUGCCCAACAUGGCCUUGGAGAAGAGGCCCUUCAAAUUUUUGAAGAUAUGAUUGUUAAGAAUGUCACCCCAAAUCAUGCAACAUUUGUUUCAGUCCUUCGAGCAUGUGCACAUAUAGGGCUGGUAGAAAAGGGAUGGCAUUAUUUUGGUUUGAUGUUAAGUGACUAUGGUUUAGCUCCUCAGUUGGAGCACUAUUCGUGUAUGGUGGAUAUAAUGGGAAGGGCGGGCCAAGUUGACGAGGCAUUAAGCCUCAUAAAUGAUAUGCCUUUUGAACCUGAUGAUGUUAUAUGGAGAACACUGCUUAGCACUUGCAAGAUCCAUGGGAAUGUAGAGGUGGCGGAAAAGGUGGCGGAUUCUCUUCUGCAAUUGGACCCUCAGGAUUCUUCUGCCUAUAUUCUUCUAUCAAAUAUUUAUGCUGAUGCCGGGAUGUGGGAGAAGGUUUCGGAUAUGAGGAAAAUAAUGAGGUAUAAUAAGCUCAAGAAGGAACCUGGGUGUAGUUGGAUUGAAAUAAAAGACGAGGUUCAUGCAUUCCUUGUUGGUGAAAAGGCUCAUCCAAGAUGCAAACAGAUAUAUGACACGCUUGGUAUCUUAGCUGAUGAAAUGAGAUGCUACGUGGAUGAUAUAGAUUUUUUUGCUUGAAGAAAAUGGUGAUGAAAUAAACGGCUCAAUCUUUUUCUUAUGCCUAUAUAUAUAUAGAUAUAGAUAGUUUAAAAUCACACCAAAAAGGCCUACUUCAAAGGCACCAUUACUCAAA